AAUUUAUGCGGCGGGUCGAAGUUUUGAAUUAGGAGCCAACAAGAGAAAACUAACUGGAACAAGCUUCAGCAAACGUGGUCUUCUCUUCUGAGUCCCCAGUACAGCGCAGACGGGCGCCAUGGCUUCUUUAUCCUAAAGUUAUCGUCAUGGAUAUAGAAGCAUCGUUUUUUUUAUGUUUGAUAAUAAUUCAUAACGAAGAAUCCGUCCUUUUUUCCUUGGCGAAGAUGAACUUGCUUGGCGAACUGUUGUACAACUCUUGAUCGUUUUAGUGCUGUCGCUUGGUUUCCUCUUACGAAUAUGCAUUCCAUGUUUGGGUCAAAAGGAGGAAGAGUGCCUCCUCCUACUAGAAAACUGGUGAUUCGAAAAGCUAAUAGCCAGCGAGACUUGAGAGCCAUCACAGAGCGGAUAACCUUGGAGAAAGUUCUCGGAAUAACAGCAGCGACGAAUGCCUCUAUGGCCUGUAAUCCAGUCAACGGAAUCAUAGCUUAUCCUGCGGGGUGUAUUGUUGUCCUGUUCAAUCCACGCAAAAAUAAACAGAAAUUUAUCCAUAACACAUCAAAGAAAACAAUUACGGCAGUUGCAUUCUCCAGAGAUGGAAAGUACUUGGCAACUGGUGAGAGUGGUCACCUUCCCUCAGUCCGUGUAUGGAGUAUGGAAGACCCCACCAAUCCACAGGUGUCCGAGAUGGCGAAGGGCCAUAAACAUGGGGUGGCAUGUGUGGCCUUCUCUCCCAAUCUUAAGUACCUGGUAUCCGUUGGUUACCAACAUGAUAUGCUUAUCAACAUAUGGAACUGGAAGGAUGGCUCGAAAGCUGCUUGUAAUAAAGUAUCUACAAAGGUUUUUGCAAUCUGCUUCUCUGAAACAGCAAACUUUUUUGUCACUUGUGGUAUUCGUCAUGUCAAGUUCUGGUACUUUGAUACAGAAACCAAUAAAUCAAAGCACAACAAAACGCUGCCAAUCAUGGGGAGAUCAGCCCUUCUUGGUGAGCUACGAAACAAUGCUUUCUGUGACGUGGCUUGUGGGACUGGUGAGAAUUCUGACUACACCUACUGCGUGACUAACUCUGGCAUGCUGUGCUCUUUUGGCGCGAAGAGGGUUCUGGACAAGUGGGUGGAGCUUAGGGCUUCUAAAGCUCAGUGUAUUGCAGUCAGUGAGAAGUACAUCUUCUGUGGAUGCACAGAUGGCAUUAUCAGGGUGUUUAAUCCAUCAACACUAGAAUUUGUCAACACUUUGCCAAAACCUCACUUUCUUGGUGUCAACAUAGCUGAUGGAAUAGAUCCAAGCCACCUUAUUCCCAAGACAGGCAAUGUAUCUUAUGCAGAUACCGUUGCUCUAGCUCUGGAUACUUGUAACUACAGGCUGACGUGUGUGUACAACGACCACAGUCUGUAUGUCUGGGACCUGAAGGACAUCAAAAAGAUUGGCAAGAUUUGGUCCUCUCUCUACCACAGCGCAUGUGUAUGGGGAGUAGAGGUCUAUCCAGAGGUAUCUGACAACAAGCACGCAGCCCUCCCCCCUGGGACAUUUUUGACAUGUUCAGCAGAUGACACUGUCCGUGUAUGGAAUGUUGUUGAAGGAACAAAUAUAUCUUUUCAAAGAAAUAUAUACAGUAAGGAGUUGAUGCGAGUGCUGUAUUUACUGGACAAUUUCUCGAACCUUAAGGACACCGAACACAGUAUUACCUCUAAAAAUGUGAAUGACGUAAGCAGUGAUGGCCGCACGGGUGUGCGGACAAUAUGUGCAAGUCCUGAUGGUCAGACACUGGCCGUUGGUGAUCGAUCUGGAAACGUCAGAGUUUACGACAUGAUGUUCUUGGAUGAGCUUCUGAAGAUUGAGGCACAUGAGUCUGAAGUGUUGUGUGUAGAAUUCUCUCCACCGCAAUCAGGCCACAAGCUACUAGCCUCUGCAGGACGUGAUCGCUUAAUCCAUAUCUUUGAUAUGAACAAGGAUUUUUCGCUGAUUCAGACGUUAGAUGAUCACUCUGCCAGUAUAACUUCUAUCAAGUUCAAUGUCGACGAUAAUGGUGACUUCCAACUGCUUAGCUGCAGCGCAGACAAGUCCAUCAUAUUCCGCUCCGCCCAGCAGAAUCCGGACCUGCAGUUUGUGAGAAAUACUAAUUAUGUCGGCAAGACGACGUUCUAUGACAUGGUGGUGGAUACGUCUAGACAUGUUGCAGCAACGGCUUGUCAAGACAGGAAUGUGAGGAUUUAUGACACUGUGAAUGGAAAACAAACACGCUCCUUCAAGGGUGCUACGGGAGAUGACGGCACACUGGUCAAGAUAACGAUGGAUAACUCUGGGUACUAUGCCGCCACAAGCUGUUCCGACAAGACGAUGUCAUUCCACGAGUUUGAGACGGGCGAGUGUAUGGCCAGUAUGACAGGGCAUUCAGAAAUCGUGACUGGCAUUCGAUUUACCAAUGACUGCAAGCGGCUUAUUUCUGUCUCUGGCGAUGGUUGCAUUUUUAUAUGGAAGAUCCCGACCACAUUCACCCAGAACAUGGAAGAGCGAAUGGCAGAUCUUGGCCAAGAACUUCCCAAGGCAACUCUUCCCGAAACUCCCCUCAGGAGAGGAACAUACAAAGUAGAAGAGACUGUCAGCUCAGAUAACAACGGGACUACUGAGAGGGAUAACACCCCUGCCAUCGACUAUCGGUUCAGCAUUGGCAAGCUACCGUCAUGGGCCAAAAAACAGCUCAUCGGUGAGUCUGGCGGAGACUCGUCGUCCCCUGACGGUGCGCCUGGUGCUCCUGUCCAACCAAGCGGCCGAUGGGCUCAGCGAGUCCUUCCAGUCGACGCAUGCCUUGCGAGGGAAUCCAGUCCUCUCCGCCCUACCAUCCUCUCACUUAGCGAUAGCCCAGGAGAUCGUAAAGCAUUCACCACUACAUCCGCCCAGGAACAAGUUGACGCACUGAUGAACAGCCCUCUCGAGAGGAAGUGUUCAUUGACCAAAGGGGAGGAUGAUGACUUAUUUAAUGCUGAUUACCGGGAACAGUUUAACUCGCUGACAGAAGAGGAUAUAGGCUCUCACAAGCAUCCUCGCGAAAUUCCUCUCAACGUGUCAGUAUCACGUGGUAGUGCGCCCUUUGACCUCCAAGCGUCACGUGAUCAGGACUUGCUUAUCCAGACAGAGGAGGUCAAGUUUGAAGAAGUGGAGGAGUUACCGGAAGAGGAUGUGAAAGAGAGCAUCAUCUAUCUGCCCAACUCCCAGGACAACAUGGACAUCGAGACAGCCAGGGUAACCGGUUUCCGUGGCGUCAAGCAAAUGACGCAACACUUUGAGUCCCUGCAUGCCUCGGGCGGUCGACAGUGGCACAGGUUCCACAUGGUCCAUACCGGGGUACACCACCUCAGCGAGGCGCGCCGGGAUCUGUUCAGCCACUAUGGAGAUAACAAUGAUUUAACCCCAAGUAAAAUAGAGAAAGUGGUGCCAAGAUCGUUUCAAGUGACGGCGGCGCAACAGCCCGAAAGGCGCUCUGUGGAAGAUGAGCAGGAGCACGAGGGUAACAGCCGUGUUACCGGCAAGAGAAAGAAUUCAGAAGAGUCCUCAAGUGACGAGGAAGAUGACAGCGAAGAACCGCUGACCCCACAAAGUGAAGUGAGCAAGAACGACAAUGGCGACAACAAACCCGAUACCCCGGACGAGGAAGACGAUGAGGUGUGCCGGAAGUACUUCGAGGGCCUGGGCUCGACUCCCACCAAGUGCAAACCGGAAGUAGAGAUUGCACCGGAAGUGGCUCCGUCUUUUGCUGAAACUAACCUGCCUCUAUUGCAGUCUCGGCUCAGCAUCUCGGCCCGGUUCCUCUCGAAGUCGCACUUUAGCAUGCGGGGUGGUGUUUCUAAUGGGUUUCAGGCUAUUGAUGAAAACGCCGAAAAGGCCCGCGCUGCUGCUCUUGAGCAGCACAAACUAGAGAUAAAGAAACGUAAAGAAGAAAUGGCCCGUGCUGUAGAUGCCACACGGGAGCGGCUUAUAGCGCUUGGCUGGAAAGGCAAAGAGGGUAAGACGACACCCCCUGCCACCUCCACGAUGCCUACCACUCCCUUGAGCUCCUCGAUCAACAUCAGCCUGAAACCCCUCUCACCCCGAUCCGCCAGCAUCUCCAGCGAAACUACUGACCCGACCUUAACAAGAGAAGAGAAACCACCUCAAUUCCAAGCUCAGGAGAUCUCGAAUCUCGAGAACAAGAUGUCAUGUCCGACGAACGACGGAACUUUGUCAAAUAAGGACCAGGGUGUCGAGCAAUCGUUAUUGGGCAGCACUGAUAUAUUGACUCGUUCCUCGUCAACGACUGAAACAUCUGGGACCUCGGCGAAAACAUCUCCAGUGACGUCAGCAUCCGAGAUGCCAGUAGUGACGUCAUCAGGGUCACGAUCAGUAACGCCAUCGGUAACACCAUCGUUGACUUCUUCCGAAAGCUCAGCAGUGACGUCAUCUAUGACGUCAUCAGUGAUUGUGAAGCAGGACUCUUCGUUAGAUGAUGCGUUCGAUAGAGCCCCAAUGAGUUCUUCAUCUGCGGUAGAAUCUGUGGAGAUUGCGUCAGAGAAGACCACGAAUGGUUUAGUGACGUCAUUAUGCCAUGCGGACACACCGGUCCACAGUAACACAUCCAGACAUAUGACGCCAUUUCAGACACGCCUAGUAUCUGAAUCCAAUUCUGCAUUUUCCUCGAAAAAUGCAAAGAACACUAAUCCCAUAGAAACUAGCGACGCAAAACCAGACACAAAUAGCUCACCAGACAACAUAAGCGUCGUGCGGGGUCUUGGGGCUCCUGUGGUAUCACGGGAUGACUCGGGGCAUGCGCCUUUGAGUGUUACCCAAGAUGCAACGAAACUUGUGCCCGAGAGGGACAACGAUGUGUGGGUUCUGCGUGAUAAUGGCAGAAAGAGUCCCGAGGUCCCUGCACGGCCCAGACAAAGUCUCGCAGAACUGCUUGAACAUCCAACCAAGAAAGAUCCCUCCAGCACUGAAAAUCAUUCUCUUUUAGAAGAGAAAGACAUCCCGAGGGACAAAAAGUCGGACAAGGAGUUAAAAGAGGAGAAAAAAGAAAAGGAAAAGGAAAGGAUGAAAAAGGAGGAAAAGCAUAAAGAGAAAACUAAAAAAGAGGAGAAGGAACGAGAAAAGGAAAAAGAGAAAACCAAAAAGGAGGAAAAGGAGAGUAGGGAAAAAGAGAAAACUAAAAAAGAGGAAAAGGAGAGUAAGGAAAAAGACAAGCAAAAGAAGGAUCCACCGUCAGGUAAACUAGAAAAGAGGGACUCGAUGACCUCUCUCACCGCUCAUACCAAGUCUUCGUGGAGACGGACGCUAGGAUUCGGCGGCUUCAAGUCCAAGGAUAAGAAAGAAGACCGAAAGUCCUUGCCAGCCUUCGUGAGUACCGUGAAGAGCACGGAGGCGACCAUCUCAAAGCAGGUCGAGAAGGCGCAGCUACGGGACAAGCGGGGUAGGGUGUCGGCUGAGGAGAGAAAAGCGAAGGCGAGAUCCAUGGGAGAUCUGGACCAGAGGAUGAAACCCUCAGCGAAAGAUGCUCCAACUCUAGACAUGAGUGUGCCUCCUACGCGCGUCAUGUCAACCAUGGAUAUACCUGAGGUUGUGGAAGAGGCUAAUGCAUCCCCCAGAGGAAGAAAGGGGUCUCCACCUAGAGACAAGGGUGGGGUUGUUGGGGAGUCUGCCAUCUUGUCCCAGGGAAGUCAGGGUUCCUCCCCCCGAAGCGAGGAUGGGAAAGUGGAAUCUGAAAUCGCUCUAGCAGCGGAACAAGAACUCUCGGAGCCUAGUUACAUCGAGAGGAAACCUCUAGUAGAAGUCUCCGACACGGGUGAAAGUGCUCCGACAGAGAGCGAGCAACCAGCGCCUGUUUGUAAGAGUGACCGAUCUAAGUCCCUAGGUAUAGAGCACCUUAAAGUGAGCGAUGAGAGGGAGAAGCAAAGGUCGCAUUCGGACGGAGGGAUACUUCCGUUCCUUGAUGUGACGAGCUUGACCGCUGAACUCUCCGCGGCCAUCGCGUGUCCUCCACCUCAGCCGAUCAGCUUGCCGCUUAACGUGCAUUGCGAUGAGGGGGAGGGGGCGGGUGGUUUGUCGCCCCCUGUAUCGUCCCGGAAGUCACCUAUUGGCAAGGACAGAGACUCCGUCGACUUGUCAAGUGGUCUGACCCGUGAGGUGUGUGAAGAUGCUGUCAAUAAACUGGUGAGGGCAUUCCAAAGUGUCACAGAUCUACACACCAAGGCCCUAGAAGAAGAGCAAUCGGAAGAGGCUGCAAGUGUGCUGUCUCUCCUAUCCGCUACCUUCAGCGCAAUGGAAGAGCAGAUCUACCACUGCCGUAACAGGCGCAAAUACGCCAACCUAGGGGGGCGACUCAGGGCCGCUCCCUUUGACUCCAAGCCACUGUCCAGUUCUUACAGCUUCUCCACAGGUAACCUGGACCGGAUAAGGGCUGAGCCCGCGAGCAUGAUGGGCAGGCGGGCGUCUGAGGCGAGCGUGCUUAUGGCGGUGGAGGAGGAGGACGCAAGGAUUGAGUCUGUGCUUGAGAGAAUCUCCGACAGACUCGUGGAUCUAGUACAGAAGAAGCUCACUAAGUGACCGUCUUUUUCACCUUGCCUCUAACAACCUUGGCCUUUGCCCAAUUGGAGAGAAUCGAAGCAGCAUAAAUAUACAUCUUGAUAGGAUAUCAAAUCUAAAGAUGCUAUUUUGUCUAAAAUUUAGAAACGACUGUGAAUAGAUGAGAUUUGCUUGUAAAUAAACGUUCCUUUGGAA